AUGGAGGUUCUGGUGACGGAUGCCUUUGGCCUUCCUGAUGACUGCCUAGUCUCCAUUCGCUAUGGCACCACCAGGCGCCAAGCUCCUCUGGAGUCCGUCCGGUCCCAGCCUUUCAAGUUCCCCACGCAGUUGGACGAGCUGAGUGAGCCAUUGAAGAUCGAUGUGCUGAAGCCGUUGGUGUCAACUCGUUUGGUGCUUCACCCUCACGAGGAGCAGUACGGCAUAGGCUUCGACCACGAAGAGGAGAUUGCCAUGGGGCUGCACGUCAGGGCCACAACAGGGGCAGAGCCAGGACCCGGGGACGGUGCUUGCUCGGAGUCCAACGGCAAGGACUCGGCAUCCUCCGCCAAGGACUACCUGGAGCAGCGCCUCGGCUGCAGCCUGGAGUAA